UUCUCAUCUACGAUGACUUCCAACAUAACAAUACCACUUGUCUUAGGUUUCCUGCUCAUCUUCUUUUUUAUCUCAUCUCAAGUGGCAGCAAACGAUUUCAAAGAGAACGAGGUUGCUAGAAAGACAAAUGGAGUGGAUAAUGCCAACUUAGUUGACGGCGGCGGCUAUGGCUAUGGUGGUGGUUACCGCGGUGGCUAUGGCUUUGGUGGUUUCCCUGGUGAUUACGGGUACGGCGGUUUUCCUAAUUAUGGCUACGGCGGUUUCCCACGUGGUGGGUUUCCUCGAUGGUUCUGUCGUUUAGGUUGUUGUUAUAGGAAUCCGUACACAGGACAAUGCUUGAGGUGUUGCCCAUGAUAUUGUGAAGACUCCCAAAAAUGAGACAGUGGAGUUCAACCUAAUCAGUGUUAUAUUUCAUCAAUAAAAUCUCAUGUUAUGAGAGGUAUGGGUGGAUAAAUCAAAAUCCUUCCAUUCUUAUGUUAUGUAUCGUACAAUGUAUAUCAUCAUCAUUUGUAAGUCAAGUGUUUGCUUAUGUAUAAUUAUAAUGUCAUUACAAAAUUAUCCU